AUGGCAAAAGUGAUUAAAUAUUGGAAGAAACAUUCGGAAUAUCUUGAUGAUAAGCAGCUGGAGGAAGUAAUAAUCCAAGAAUCUUUUGAUAGGAUCACAGGGAAAACACUAGAGGAAAUACGUGAAGUAUUUGGUAUCGUGAAUGAUUAUACUCCAGAGGAAGAGGAGCAGAAACAUUCGGAGGAAGAUGUCUCCAAAGACAUAGUGUUGGAGUUUGACAAGGCUUUUGUGAAGGUGCACCACUCGAUUUUGCAUGCCCUUAUCUUAGCUGUUAAUUUUCUUAACUAUAAGGAGAUAUUGGAUAUGAUGUGUCAAGAAGUUGCCGAUAGGAUUAAAGGAAAAACACCAGAAGAAAUACAUAAAGAAUUUGAUAUCAAGAAUGAUUUUACUCCCGAGGAAGAAGAGGAGAUCAGUAAAGAGAAUGGUUGGGAUUUUGAAUGA